GUUUGUGGUGUUUGGAGGUGCAGCAGAGUGCGGGGAGGGGGAGGAGCAGCUCCAGCUGUCUGAUUUUAACCCAGCAGCGCCACAGAGCAGCCAGCCCAACGCAGCAGGGCUACGCUAACACAACGAGCCCGGAGAGACAGGCAGCCAGAAAAAUACGCUCCUGAGGAAAAAGGCAGACUGGCUGGGCGGUUCUGAAUUCCUGCUGCAGUCGGUGGUGCGCUGGCAGACGGAGGAGGCUGUAGUUUCUCAGACAUCGGUCAGUCUGCGGUGCUCGAGAUUUGGAGAGUAACAAAAGGUGGGAGAGAGAGAGAAAGAGAGAGAGAGAGAGGCUACUACUGUCCCUCAUCAGAGGGGGAAGGUGCAGUUAUGGUCUGCUCGGAAAUGAACGCUUUGGGGUUCGUGCCAAGACCUUAAAUGCAAAUUGAUGAGCAGCGGGUGACAGGCUGGCGAAGGCGAAGAAAGAAGCGGAGCUGUGCGGCGUGGCGGCUGCUGAGGACGGCCGGGUAGAGACCAUGUCCCUCUGGAUGAUUUUACCCGUCAGCCUCCCUGCCCUCACCAUCACCGGCAUAUGGGUCGUGUAUGCAAUGGCCCUGUACAACCAGCAUGUCUGUCCUGUGGAUAACUGGAUGUAUAAUCAGUCGUGUGAGGAGGAUUUGCCCAUGCAGAGGGGACCAACACUAUGCUGUACACUGGACAAUGUGCCACUUAUCAGUAAGUGUGGCACGCUGCCUCCAGAGAGCUGCUUCUUCAGCCUUAUCUGCAGCACAGGAUCUUUCAUGGUGAUGGUGAUUGUGUUGCUUCGUUAUGCUCAUGUGAUUGAGAAGCACCAAAACUGCGUAUUAAACACUGCCAGUCUUUCCACGGGCUGGAUCUGUUCUGCGGGUCUCAUCAUGGUGGGAAACUUCCAGGUGGAUAACGCAAAGGUGCUGCACUAUGUUGGGGCCGGUGUGGCUUUUCCGACUAGCAUGCUGUUUGUGUGUCUGCAGUCAGCGCUCACUUACCGCCUCGCUAAGACUCAGGGUGAAUACAACUUGGGCCACUUCCGCCUCAUCAUGACCCUGCUGGCUUUUGUAGCGCUGGUGCUCAGUGGUGUGUUUUUCGUCCAGGAGAGUUUUGUCCUGCAGCAUGCCUCGGCCAUCUUUGAGUGGGUCUUCUGCGUCAUCAUCAUGCUCUUUUAUGGCACGUUUGCCUUUGAGUUUGCUGGCAUAUCCAGCAACACCAUGAUGAUCUUGGCAAGAGGAGGCACGUUAGGAAGCUCUAGAGCUGACCAUAAAAUGGAAUCACUAAGUGGAGCCAGUCAGCACCAGUCUGAGAGCAUGUCCAUGCUUUAACCUCAGGGAGAGAGAGACAGAGGACAGUCAUGCACCUGCCACUCUCUCUCUGUCUCCACGUCCUCUUCGUGAGAGACACGUGCACAUGUACAUCAGGGUGCGGAGGAAGACACUAGACCAGCAAAAGGAAAGUCCAAACCGUCACCUGAUCCUGCAUCUCCUGCCCUCAACUGAACUUUGCCAAACGACUCUGCCCACGUUUUGCACAUUUACAUUGUUGAGUGACCAAAACAGUUGUCCCUUCACUUGUCAGUUCUUCCUCAGUGUCAGUCUCUGAAGACCUGUAAACAAAGGGGCUGUAAAGCAGUGUUUUUGAGAUUGUUCAGACUAGAAGUAGUGUGAAAGCUAGACCAGCUAUAUGGCAAAGUUGAUAGCAAUCAGCCACAUCCAUGGCUGGGCAUUGAGAUGAAUGUUGCUGUGCCAGUUCUACACAUUUUAACAAAAUAAGACAAGAAAUGUUUAACCAAUGCAAGUUUAAGGACUUCAUCUUGGCCUUUUGUAGUCAUCCAGUGCUAUUUAAGCCACAUUGCCUAAACAUAUGUCUUUUUCUUUAGAUGUUUUGCAUUGCAUAGACUGCAGCAUUGCAUCUUCUGUUCAGGGGAAUUAUCGUUACCAUUGUGCCUUAUGAAAGAGGCCAAGAAAAGCUGUCUAAUAGACAAACAUAAUCUAUCAUUCUGUGUUUAUCACACAGUCAAGGAAGCUGUCUGGUAAGUGUUGAAUCAGUGUGUGUAUUUUUCUACUACAGAUGUUAUCAAAGAGGUGUCAUUGAUGCCAGCAAAAGGUUAUUACACUAAUGUAAAUCAUCCAGAUAUUGUGAUAUUUUGACCUGGUGUUGGUGUCUCCAUGUAAAUGUGGUGUUAUAUUUGCAUCUCUCUCUGUUUUAAUGGAUAGUAUUGUGAGAGGUUAGUUGGGAGGGGUUUUCGUGUUUACAUCAUUGUCAGUCUAUUAAGAAAGGGCCCAAACCAAAUCCUUUUUUUCUAACAAGAAGAUGGAUUCUGCUUGCCCAAUACCAGUUGCCUUCAGUGAGCCUGGCAUUCACCCCAGUAGUGAAUGACGCAUGCGGUUGUAGCAUCAACAUUGAUCUCGAUAUCUUUGACCACCGUGUUUUUUUUUUUGUUUUUUUUUACAUUCAUGCACCUUGUAUUUGCUUGGUUUAUUUCGUCAGCAGCUGUAGCUCAUCAGAACAAACAGACUGUUCUGACUAUUGAGAAAUGGCUCCUAGAAGGAUUCAUGCCGUAUUCCAUCUGAGGAUGAAAACCUCAAGCUCACAAGAUCCCCCUUGUGACUUUCAUUUUCAAAGAGCUGAGCUGUUUUGACAGCAGAGUUUGCAGCAGGACUGCAAGUUUAUUGUUCAAAAACUGUAUGUUUCAGAUAGAUAUACUUUAUUAUGCUCAUACCUGUUUAAAUUGGUAAUAGAUUAAAGUGACCUUAAAGAAAAAGUCUGUUAUACAGUCUCUAGAUAUGUUCAUAGUACAAAUUAAUCAAAAGCUACUCAUUAUCAAGGGACGUAUGUUUUUCACCCAAAGCCAAGUCUAAAGUCAUACUUCAUUUAAUAUAUUCCUUUUUAAUGUUAUGCUCUUAUGUGCUUGUUUUGGUCUCUAGUCUCCUCCUCAGGAAAUUUUGUUACAACACCAGCUUGGAGUUCGUUCUUUUAAUAAGUUAGUAGUUUAUCACUUGUUGGAAAUGAAUUGCAAAGAGUAUUCGAGUUUUAAUUGGUGAGAUUUUUGAGAUGAGUGAAAGUUUUACAGUGAAAUUAAAGUACAUUUGUCAUGUUGCCAGCAGGAUCUAGGUGUUACCCUUGAUUUGCAAAAGGUUCAGAGUCUGUACGUUCUGUUUUUUGUGUUCUUUGAUUUAUCUGUGAUGGCUUUAGAGUUGCAUUACCUCCAAGAUCCCGAUUAGGAUGGAUCUUCUCAGCAAAGGGAGGUGAUUUGCAGGAUAACCUUUUACCUUGAUUCACCGAUGAUUACUUUUGAGGACAUGGCUGGCUAUUUGUUAACUCACUGUAGUCCUGGAGGUAUUGCUUAAACUCGCAGUCAUAGAACAUUUCUAUUGAGUAAAGCAUGAUAACAUGCUCAAAACACACUCAAACCGACAGCAAGUACAAAUGUACAGCCACAGUGUGCAACUGCAAACAUACCAUGGUAUCAUCUCACAGAAAAGCCUCCCCCAUAGCCAGGGCAGAAUAACUGAUGUACUCCUGGGCAAAAAGCACCUUUCUGUGCCUUUAUUUUCUUUAAACCAAAGACUGAAAUGGUUCCUUGUAGAAAUCAAAAGAUAUGUUUGAUUGUACUGUAUAUUUGCUAUUUGCCUUAAGUUGUACAAAAAAUAAAGCAAAUCAUAUCUGAC